GUUGCAUAGUACUCAUGUAAGAUGGCUGCCUAUGUAAUGGUUGUGUAAUGAAGUUGUUCAUCUGAGGUACAUAAAUAUAACUAACUUUUAUUCCAAGACCAUGAAAUCAUGAACAGAUGAUACUACUCAAUAAGAAGGCUAGUUUACGUUAGUGAAAAAUGCUGGAGCUGGAAGUUGUACCUGAACGUUCCCUAGGGAAUGAACAGUGGGAGCUGGUUUUGGGGAUGGCAUUCAGCCAGGUUGUUCAUAUUUUACAGCAACAGUUUCAGUCAGUCAAAAAUGUCCAAGUACUUUACAGUGAAUUGAACCCAUUAGUAAUGGAUUUGAUUAUAAAUCUGUCUCAAGAUGGUAUUCGACUUAUAUUCGAUCCAUUGUCUCAGAGGCUAAAGAUUAUUGAAGUAUAUUGCAUGAACAAAACAAAAUUAAAAUAUUGUGGCAAUGUAUUUUGUUCUCCUGAAGUACCACCCACACUGGAACAGAUUGAUCAUUCAUUUGGUGCUACUCAUCCAGGUGAAUAUCAUUCAUCGCAGCAGGUUUUUGUUUUAAAUUUCCGUGGCCUCACUUUUGCCUUUGCCAUAGAUCCAAAAUUACAGCCUAGAUAUGCCCAUGGAUUAGGAAGUCUUCAGUUUGGAGCAUUCCCUGUUGUGUCCAAAAUGUCCAUAUAUAGUGGUAAUAGUCUAGCAGAAACAAGAGCUCCUGCAUUACCAAAUAAUAGCUUCUGCAACCAUUGUUACUUAGAAAAAUUAGAUGUAUUGAGGGAAGGGGAUGAAACUAUUGGCAUAAAACUUCAAAUAAUUACGGAAGAUUUAGGAGCAAAUAAACUUUUGGAAUUCCGUAAGCAGAUUAUGACCAAAACGAUAAAAUUUGGGGACUCAGCACAGGAUGUUACUAGUGCAUUAGGUUCUCCAAGUAAAGUCUUUUAUAAAUCUGAGGAUAAAAUGAAAAUUCACUCUCCUAAUUCCCACAGAUAUAGGAAAUGGAGUUGCUCAGAUUAUUUCUAUAACUUUUUCACAUUAGGACUGGAUGUUCUUUUUGAUGCCAAAAGCCAUAGGGUGAAAAAAUUCAUACUUCAUACAAAUUAUCCUGGACAUUAUAAUUUCAAUAUAUAUUUUCGUUGUAACUUCAAUCUGCCAAUAGAAGUUAAACCACCUUCUGAAUCAGAAGAUGUGACACUAGUUGAUGUAUCUGAUAAGAAGCAUAUAAUCACUGCAUUUACAAAAUGGGAUACAAUGGAAGAACAUUUAAAGAAACCCUUGGAACGCCCUGUUGUUUUAAACAGAGCAUCAACGCACAAUGCAACGAAUCCAUUUGGAUCCACAUGUUGUUAUGGUUACCAAGAUAUUAUAUUUGAAGUAAUGCCCAACAACCAUUUAGCGUCUGUAACUCUGUAUCAACGUAAAAAACAUGCAAGGAAAUCUGAUGUAUGACACAUGGUGUGUUAGGUACAGGUUAUGGAUUAUAAUAUUUAAGCAUUAUUUUGUUGUACGCAAAAGACUUGGAGAUGUCAGAUGUGCUCAUGAACAUCAAUUUGUUUCAAAGUUAAUUUAACUGUUUGCUACUGUGGCUUCGAACAAAUUGUAUUCUACUCUCCAAAAAUAUUUAAAACUUUCAAAUAUGGAGCAACUGCCUUUGUAUUAUAUAAUCUCAUCAAGACUUAAAAAAGAAUUGUGUGAAUUUUUUACACAUUUUGUCAUUCUUACCUUUUUAAUAUGAGUUGUUAUGAAAUCUAUGACCAAGCCAAAGCGUUAAUUUAAGAUAAUAGACUGCUUUGUAUGUUAGUCAUUCUGAGAAUUUGAAUUUUAUGAAAAUGUUGUCUGUUGUGAUACACUUUAAAUUUCACACCAUUUAAUCAUUCAAUUUAGUUACUGAGACUUCAUUUUUAAAGCACAUAGCUGUUCUAUUUAUGUUUCAUUAGUUGUUACUUUUGAAUGUAUUCAUGAGAAUAUCAGAAAUAUUGGUCUCAAGUCAUUUAAUGAAAGACCUGAUUUUUAUUACUUUUAUUAUGUGAAUGUUUAAGUGAUAUAUGAAUUUAGUUUGUUUUGUAUCUUGUAUGAUAGCAUACUGUUUGAUCUGAGCCAAAAAUAAAUGGAGCCGAAUAAUGUAUAUUCAUAGUUGAAUUUUUAUACUUAUUGUAUUUACUUGUAAUUUUUUAUAAGUUGCAUUUUGAUGCAUAAACAAUUGUUUAAUGUU